GACAACCCGGCCCAGGGAUUUGUCCCCACGGCCGUCCGUUUAGGCCUGGCUGCAAAGCACAGUAGACGCCGAGAAAGACAGAGAACACGAUGAACGGCGCAAUAGACGAACAGGAAUUACUUACAACAGUUCCUAACGUACUCAAGCGUCUCUGUAAAAAAGUUGUUCGAGGAUUCUACGAAAACGAACACGCCGCUAUCAUAACUUUACUUACCAAUUCUCAAUAUCCGUGUUUACAAGAAGAUGAUUUGAUCCGACAGUUGGGCUUUGACAAGAAGCAAUUACGACAAAGUCUAGUGCGCUUAAAGAACGAAAAACUCAUAAAGCAAAGAGUGCACAAGGAAAAGAAUCCCGAGACGGGAGCCCUGAUCAGUUUCAACUACUAUUUUAUUAACUACAAGGUUUUUGUCAAUGUUGUUAAGUACAAGUUGGAUCAUGUGCGAAAGAAGAUUGAAAGCGAAGAAAAGCAAGCGAAAAAUCGGCCAUCGUUUGUAUGUACCCAGUGCGAGAAAAAGUAUUCCGAUUUAGAAGUUGAUCGCUUGUUGGAUCUGGAAACGUGUCAAUUAAAAUGCACCAUAUGUGAGGGCUUAGUAGAGGAGGAUGCUGCUGGAAUUAAACAAAGCAACACUUCCAGAACAAGCUUGGCUCGCUUUAAUGAGCAAAUGGAGCCAAUUUUCCGACUGCUUAGGGACUGUGAAGAUAUCAAUCUAGCACCUGCCAUUCUGGAGCCAGAACCACAGCCAGCCCAACUUGCCAGUGGAAGUCACGGGUCUCGCCCCUCAGGACACCGAGGUAAUAAACCAUCAUGGGCCAAUGAUUCUACUGGUGGCAAUGAUGUGAAUGGACCGGGUAUUAAAGUAGAUAUAAUGGGAGAUGAAAAUGAUGAAGAUGCAGCAACUAACAAACCUCGGGCGAAGGAGGCACCCAUAUGGAUGAGGCAAAGUACAGUGACACCAGCUUUAGGGGUACAAAGUGAUGUUGCUGCCAGUGAUCAAACACGUCAUGGGGGAUCUGACCACAAGAAGCCAGGGACUUCUGGAAAGGAUGAUGAAAUCCUUGCAGAGCUAUUGGUUCAUGAAUCAGUUAAUAAGAAACCACGUCUAGAUAUCAAUGAAGCCCUUGGCGAGGGGGUAGAUAACGAUGACAGUGACUCUGGUCCAAGUGAUGACUCUGACUUUGAGACACCAACUCCUGGACCAGCAGCAAAAGCAAGUGAAGUAACAGAAGCCAUGGAAACUCACACUGAAAGUGAGCAAGAAGAUGACGACACACAUGAAAUCAAAAUUGGAGACAAGAUGGUGCCAAUUGAUGAUGUCACUGAUGAAAUGUUGAGGGAAAUGACGCCAGAGGAGCACGAGGCUUACACCAAAACAUUUCAGCAUGUUUAUAACCAGCUUUACUAGGCAGGCAAAUAAAAAACUUUAUGUAAAGUGGUAGCAUAUUUUUCAACUUCAGUGAAUAGAUGUAGGCAGUAUUUGUUUGGCUUAUUACCAUAAACCCAGCCAUUUCCAAGAUGCAUUAAACAAGGUGCCUGAUGUGUUAAAUUAUAGGUCCGAUGUGUUAAAAUACAGUCAAACGUCCCAUAAGCGACCACCCAAUAUGUCAAGCCUGAGAGAUUACUUAUGGAAGGUGGUCACCUAUGAGAGCUUAGAUCAUAUUGGGUCAAAAUUUUUCUUCAUUAGCAUAUGGUAAUUGCAGAGACUUACCCUAUGUUUUAACUGUUUUAUUCAUGUGAAAAGUCAAUUUUGAGAAAAAACCUGGUACUUCCCAUAGAGAAAUUUCUGCCUCUCAUACUACCCAGGAAUGCAGUAAUGUUACACCCUUGUCAUCCAAUUUAUGCCUUAUUAUCUGUCAAGUGGUCGCUUACAGGAGGUUAGAAACGAAAGAAAAUUUCGAACUUUUAGCUCUAAAAGUGGUUGCGGUUGCUAACAAGAGGUGGUCGCUUACAAAAGGUUCCAAAUAUAGUGAUUU